AUGAAUCGAGAACAUAAAGAAUUUCACGAAAUCAGGAGAGUUAAAAUUCCUCGUUUUGGCGGCUUAUGCUUCCUGAGAGUUCUUGCUUACCUGCUGAUCACUGUCGCCAUGGCGUCAAUCGUUCUAGACGUUGUCGACAUUGCGGUAACUUCUCGAUACUGUUACUCCACUGUCCCCAGACCUCUCAUAUGCUUAAAUAACAUUGCUGACGACGUUUGGACCUGGAUCGCUUCCGGGAUUUGGGCAUCUAUCCCCUUGGCCGUUGCCGGAUCAUGGUCAGCUUAUUUGUUGGAAAGACCUGGAUUAAAUCCAUACGCGUGCGUGAUAUUCCUGGGCAUCUGCGCCUUCCUAUUCUGCCCGGUCAAAGCUGCCCUGAACAUCGUUGAGGCCGUCAAGUAUAAGGACAACACUAACUGGUCCGACAUUUCGUACCAAAAAAUUGUUAUUCCAAUCAUUUUGGCUGUGAUAGCUGCCUUGGAGUUUUUGCAUUGCCUCGCCAUCUUCAUUGACUUCGUCUGCUUCUCGUGGAACAGAGCGGAUACCGUGGAGUACAUAGAAGAGCGCCACGUCGAACCUCCCAAAGUUUUCCCAAUUGCCACAAACUUCCACCCGAGUCCAUACCAUGUCCCUAUGAACGUUCCUUACUACGGAGUGCCAACUACACAGACUCCCAAGUACGUCAUCAGCAGUUCCGCUCCUGUCCCCGCCAUGCCAAUUACCAAUGGACAGUACAAGUGGCAGUUUAACCAGAUGCCAUCCAAUAGCCCGUACAGAAUUUUUUAA